UUAGAACAAAACCUAUUUAACGAAAUACUGCUAGGCCUAUAUGGUACCUAUAUAUAUUCAUUUUGAUUAAAAAUUCCUUGAAAGACAGGGUCGAGUCCAGCUUAAUAUGUCCAAGUGACCCCAUGUCAGGACGGCAACCUGCUGUGUGCGCAUGUACACAUUAUUUAGUUAUAGAUCGGGUUCGGGUGAAGGAAUUUCGAGUGGAUUACUGAUAACUGAAACGUCAUUCAACAUGCCGUCUCUGGGAUACUGGAAGAUCAGAGGACUCGCCCAGCCUAUUCGACUGCUGCUGAAUUACGUAGGAGAGGAGUUUGAUGAUGUCCAAUAUGAGCAAGGAGACGCGCCAGACUACAGCAGAGAUGUGUGGUUUUCUGUAAAGCCCACGCUAGGACUAGCUUUUCCAAAUCUGCCUUACUACAUUGAUGGUGAUAUCAAAAUGACCCAAAGCAACACUAUCCUUAGGUACAUUGGAGAUAAACACGGCCUUUUGGGUAAAACUGCCCAGGAGAAAGUAGACUGUGACAUGAUGACAGAGAACGCCAUGGACUUCCGGAACGGGGUGAUCAGACUGUGUUAUAACAAGGACUAUGAAAAACUCAAAGAUGAUUACUUCAACAAUGUCAAGGACAAAUUAAAGCAGUUUGAUACAUUUCUAGGAAGUAAACCUUGGUUUGCCGGAGAAAAUAUCACCGUCUGUGACUUUCCCAUGUACGAGAUGUUAGACCAACACAGACUGAUGAAACCUGGAAUUCUAGAUGACUACCCAAACCUCGUGAAGUUUACGGAGAGAUUUGAGAGUCUUCCUAAAAUCAAGGCCUACAUGGCCUCAGAUAAAUUCAUGACGAGACCUAUCAACAACAAAGUCGCAGCAUUUAAGUGACCUUUCUAGUUUCAUAGACUAACCUUUAGUUCCACGUUAUAGCAUAAUUUGAACACAAUUAAGAAGCCCUUGUACCGAAGAACAGUAUUAAGCAAUUUAUUAUGCAAGUUUUACUCACAGAUACACAACGACAGAGGUACUACUAUGUAUAUGUAAUGUGUGUGCAUUUAAACGUCUAGGUUGUAUUUACUAGGAAUUUAGCAAUUUUCCCCGAAUUUAUCUCUUAAACUACCAAAGUUGUAUUGUCUAAUAUGGCAAGUGUUUUUGGUUGUUGUUUUUUUUAAUGGUUUUUUUUUUAGAUUUUGAAAUUUUGAGUUGUUUUCUAACGUAUGCAUUAAACACUGAUGUCACACGUAUUAUGCAUGCAAUUUUAACGAACUGAUUUGCUAAGUUCUGAAGUAAUAUCUUAAUUCAGUUUUUGUUACUUGGGUUGUUGCAGUGCCUGUCUAUUAAACUGAUUAAAUGGGCUCUGCAUCUUCGAUCUCUACGUCACUUUUGACGUUACAUUGAAUUAUAUACAUGCAGCGGGCGGUGAAUACGAGCAUAAUUGUGCAACUUCUAUUAAAGUCGAAUUGAAUAAAUAAUCUAGAACCAGU